AUGGACAAAAUAACGAAUUUACCACGAUUGGCUCGCAUUAAAGACUAUCCCUCAAAUCCCAUACAAAUGUUUAAGAACACACUUGAAAGGGUUAAGGCACCAACUAUGUUUCCCAUGAAUUUGGCCACCAUUGAUAACGAAUUUGGUGUACUAAAUCGCACGGUUAUGUAUCGCGGUUUAAUCGAUAAUUCAUGGUUGUGUUUUGUUACGGAACGUAAUUCUCGCAAAUAUCAAAAUCUUAAAGAAAAUCCUAAAAUAUCCAUGACAUUUAACUUUUAUCCGAAUGCCCAGAAGGUAGAGGAGAAGGAAGUGAAACCGGAAGCAUGGCAAAUACGUUUGUUUGGUGCUGAAGCUGUGGAAUUGGAAGAUGAUUAUUUGCGGGUGUUAUGGCAACAAGAACCACUGCUUGCAAAAUUGCGUAGCCAUAUUUGUGAAUGUGGUAAACCUGGGAAUGUGGAGGAGUUGGAUUUAAAAUUGCAGAAAGAAUUGGCGAUUAUGGAAAAGGAGAAAAGGGAACCGGAACAAACUAAAACAUAUACGGCAUUUAAAAUAAUACCCAAAUAUUGGGAUUUCUAUAUGUCUGAACCGGACACAAUUGCCGAUCGUGUGCAAUAUAAACAAUUGGAUAAUGGCGAAUGGCAGGCCUAUCAUGUCGAUGCCUAA